GCCAUCUCUUAACGUUUUUUUCGCUCCUCCCCAAAGUGGGAAGGUUGCAGCUGUGUUUUUUCCUCCUCCUCCGUUUUCUUCUAGUAACGCUCACCAAAUUGCGGGGGCUUCUACUUCUUUCCUCUGCCCCCUGCCUCCCCCCCCCCGACGCAUUUCCUCUCUCCUGCAUCAUGUUUCGCUUCUGGAGAAGCUCCUUUGCGCUCCCGGAGGCUGCCUGCGAAGCGCCCGACAGGAACCCGCGGUACGAAAACCUCUUCCAGAAGCUGGACCGCGAUGGGGACGGCCGCGUGGACAUCGCCGAGCUGCAAUCCGGACUCAAGGCUCUGGGCAUCCCCCUGGGAGAUGACGCCGAGAAGGUGGGUGGGUGCGAGGCUUGGCGACGGCUGGAACCUGGGCGCGAGGGGAGGCCGGCCGAAGCCAGUUUCAGCCUUGCAAGCCCUGGGAUAUCUUAAACAAAGGGUUUAACCGAGUGGUUUGAUGAGGCAAAAUAGUGCAAAUAGUAAAUUACUGUUUUUUAUUAUUAUUUAUUCGAUUUUAAAACCACCUCUUUUCUGAAAGAAGGAACUUCCUUUUCUACAUUCCAGCCUGCCUGAGUCAGUGCAGCAUGGACUAUUGACCUAAAAUACUAUAUCCGUUUGCCAUUCAUGACUAAGGGCCUAUCUGGUCUGUAUCUGAAUAGGCCUGUGUGGCUUGAUGCCCAUUGGAGCAGAAGUUACAACACGAACUAAAUUGACUGCAGUGCCACAAAAUUACUACCUUGAGGUUAUGCUGUGGUAAGAAGGUUACAGUUCUGAGCAUCUGCACUGCCUAAGGUAAUUUGCUGUCUAAGGUGAUGCCCUGCCUUCUGUUGUACACAUGUGGGAGUCAACUGGACCAAGAGUUGUUUUCAACACUGGUGAUGGGGCAACACACCUAAGGGUAACGGCUUAGGUUACACUCCAGGGGCGGACUUUGCUAAUAUAGCGCCCUGAGCAAGGACAUAAUUUGCCCCUUGCCCAAUAUUUCUUAUUUUUGUGCUCUUCUCCUUCUCACCUUCCAUUCUGUGCAUGCUGUCAAGUGCACUACAUCACAGUUGUGGCAACUCAAACACCUGUCGGACCAGGGCCUAACUUUGAGUAGGUACCUGUGUAAAUAUAGGGAUGGUGAUGAUGAGGAUGAUGAUUAUUAUUUUACACUCCGCCAGCUUGCAGGGGAACCACCCACACUGCCUUAAAGCCAGUGCUGUUGUCUCACGCUCCUCAGGAUAUUUAGGAAGGACAUUAAAAGCCCUUAAUAGACUGGAACUACCUCCUCCCAUAUUCCUAAAAGUAUCUCUUUGGUGGUGGCUGAUGAGUGUGGUUUUUGCCAUUUUUACAUUUGGGGCCAGGAACUUUCCCCUGGAAUGUCCACCUGCCCUCCUUCCUCCAGGCCUUUUGCAAUGCUGUGAAGAUUUAUCCCCCGCCUCCAGCAAAUUCUAUGAAGUUGAUGUUCUUGUUGACUUGUUUUAAUAUGUUCCCAUUACUCUCUUUUUUGCUUUCAUUUUUAUUUAUUUUUUAAUCAUUCCUGUAAGCUACUUUGGACACUUGUGUUGUGGCAAUUUUACACAAUGCAUAUACAGGUACUCUAUGUGACAGGCUACUGAUCUAAGAAUAAAAGGAACAUGUCUGCCAGAAUCAGCUGUGGGAGGGCAUUUAUGUUCUCAUGUUUCAGGAGCCACGUACAGGGGUGACAGCACUAAUGAUGGUGACAGCACUAAUGAUGCGUUCUGCUUGAGGCAGAAAAGCCAAAUGUUGUUUCCACAUAGUGGUGAGACUAUAAUAAUAAAGAAUGAAGUAAAUAACAAUUUGCUGCCCUUCAAUGCCCUGGCUUCCUGCCUUACGGUGAGGUGGACCUGUUUCUUUAGGGAAGACAGUUACUUUGAACUGCAUAAUCACUAUGAAUCUUGUAUUCCUAGAACUUGUGUUAGCAAACCUGUUGUACUGGCCUUGACAAAAAUGUAUCUGCGGUAUACUCAUGGUUAGUAUAAUAGCAACAACUGCGCAAGCUACUUGAGUAUACAUGUAUGUAUGUCUGGGAAGGAAGGUUGAAUCUAGGUAUUUAUGUGCAUGUAGAAGAUAUUUCUGUUUUAAAGCACAUAAAUACAUUACACAUAGAUGCUCACAACCAACUGGAAUGAGACCCGAACCAAUAAACCUUAAAAUGAUCAAUACUUUUUUUGGGGCAGGGGGUUAAUCUCUGUUAUGUACCUCUAAGUCAUUGUUCGGUGAUGUUCUUCAUAAAAUAGAAUUCCUGAUGCCACUGUGAUUAGUUGCACAUCAUUUGUAUGUCGUUAAGGUAACCUAAGUAUCUCAUUAGGCUAAUUAAUACUGGCAUUUGAACCUGUUUUAGGGUUUGCUUUUGUGGCUUAUUAACACAAAGCAGCAGCUCAAAUUUAUGGAAACAAUAACAUUCUCUGCAUAUUAUUUUGAGCAAUGCAUGUAUUACAGCUAGCUGCAUAGGUAGUAAUGACUGCAUUAAAGCUAUCUGUGUACGGCAGGCUUCCUCAAACUCGGCCCUCCAGAUGUUUUUGGCCUACAACUCCUAUGAUCCCUAGCUAGCAGGACCACUGGUCAGGGAUGAUGGGAAUUGUAGUCUCAAAACGUCUGGAGGGCCGAGUUUGAGGAAGCCUGGUGUACGGGGUUAGCCAUUUAAGCUAGUGGUGAUUGCCAGUUAAAGUGGCAGUGCAUUCCAUAAGACAUAGUUGCGUGAAGAGGUAUUCUCUUAUGGAUAUCUGCAGCCUGCUGCCAAUUAACUUCUGAACGUGACCUACUUCUUCAUAUUUAAUAAAUGUUGUUGUUUUGUUUUCAUGGUAUAAUAUUUAAGGUUAAAUUUUGCUAAAUAAGUGCUUUUCCAAGAAAGAAAGUCAGAGCACUGCCCGAGCUCCUUUCCAGGCACUGCUACAUUUAAGUAGAGACCAUAUCUAGGCCUGCUUAUUAUUAUUAUUUUUUUUUUAAAUCAUAUUUAUUAAAGUUUCCAAAAAUAUAAAAAUACAAAGAAAAAAAAGAAAAAGGAAAAAAGAUAUUUAAAAACCUUACUUUCAUUGCCUACUUUCUGGGACUCCCCCCCUCCCCCCCCCGACUGUAUUCCCCUUUCCUUAAUUUAGUUCUACAAGCUCUCACUCCCAAAUUUGAAGCUUAAUUUGUUUAACCCACUAUCCAAAUUGAAUUGUACAAAUCUUACCACCGUCCCACAUCAUUAACAAAAAAAGAAAAAAGAUUUUCCCCAAGAUCCACCCCAGUUCCUUCCACGAAUUCCCUUAUUUUAAACACGUCCAAUCAAAAUAAAAUGACAUGCGUAAGUUAUAUAAAAAAAAUAAAAAGUAAAAUAUAUAGAAAAAUUCAAAAGAUGGUUACACAGCCUUUGGAUUUCAAAUCUCCCCCCCCCCUUCCUCGGUUUGAAUUCCCCCUAUCCAUCAGUCUAUGCAUUAUCAGCUUGGAAGUCUCAAUUCAUGAACAAAUUUCUCCCGAUUCCCUCUUGCCGGUUUUCUUUUAAUUUAUUAAUAAUAUGUAACUUCAAGUGUCCAAUCUAACAAAGGCCUUUAAUUUCCUUGAUCUUUACCACUCCUCCCGUUGUUCUUUCCGUGUCGUAAUCAGUCCUUUGUUCUUCUUUUCCUCACUUUCUCAGGUUUCUUGUCCUGUUCAGCUGCUAAAACUUUCUAAUUCAGAAAUCUGGUAUCUCUGCAGAGGUUUGUUAUUCAGGAACAAAACUUACGUCCAGUCCCUUCCUUUCUUCAAUAGAAAAUUCUAUUGUCUCCUUUAAUGUAAAUACCUCUGUAGACAAAAUACUAUUUCAGUUUUGCAGCUUUCCCAAAAGAUAACAAGUCCUGUGCGAAUCCCAGAGUAUUUUUCCACUUACGACCGUUCUUGUAAUAUCCCGAAACCCCUCUAGGGGGAUUGUAAUAACUUUGUAUCCUCUAAUCCAAAAGUCAAAUUGUUGCUUAUUUUCCAACAGUUUAUAUCCAUAUUGUAGCAAAUUGUAGCAAAAUUAACCGGCAAAGUCCUCAUAACAAAGUCCUCUUUAUAUUCUCCAACUUUGACAGCCACUUUGACAGCUGUCAAAGUCUCCGUCUCUCUUCACCAGGCUCCACGAAUCGCCCCGGUUCCCAGGGGGGGGGGGUUGCCAGUUUCUACUCACCCUCCACUCUUCUCCUCCAGCACAGUUCUUAUAAUUUCCCAUCGUGAAAUUAAUGGUUUUUAUCAAGAAUAUACUUCCCUUUGGACCUUGGUUACCCAGUCCUUGUUUUGGAAUGCUUACAGUAGGGGGAUUGACUUCCUUUUAAAUCGCCCCCGCUCGUGCCAAAUCCGAAAUUUUGAACCCGGUUUCCCAAUUACUCACGGGUUGUUGUUAAUAGUCCAAAUUUUCAAUGGAAGAAGUCAGCGCUCUCCGUCGAAUGGCAUGCGGCUGCGCUCGGCAGGGAAAGCAAAGGACUCAAAGCACCACGCCGCUCCCCGGCACCCGAUCCGAAGCCUUUAAAAAGGCUCCUUCACGAGUCGGGAGGGCGCUAAUGGUGCAAGCCGAGUCACCCAUGUCCACGGACUCCGUGCCCGUGGUUUUUAAGGGUCCCCGCGUCGCCGGCGCGGUAGGACCCAGCCCCUGCCGAGCAGACUCCCUCCGGAGCUCGGAGGGAGUCCGCCAUUCGGCGAUGGCGCCAACCCGGAAGUCCUAGGCCUGCUUAUUUUUUGAACCAUUUAGAAAUUUUAUUGCAGCCCGAUUCUCUUGAGAGGUAGGCAGCAGAGUAUGCUGGGAGGCUGAAAUGGUGUUCUUUUUCAUGUUAGAUUUUUGCCCAUUUAUUCUUUAGCACAAGCAUUUCACCAGAGUAGCCAGAGGCGAAGAAUGUUAUCAGCUAUCAAGACAGAACAGCUCAGCUUUGCAUUGCCUUUCGGCUGUUUUUUCCUCUUGCGUAUGAGAUAAUAACAACAACAAUAAUUUUAUUGUUUAUACCCUUCCCAUUUGCUUCCAGCAAAAAAAAGUAAAAUAAAAUGUCAGACAUUAAAAACCACAGUCUCAUGUUUCUCAUAAUGCUCUAAUGACGUUGUGUAGCCCAGUAGAUAGAAGGCUAUCAGGGAAUUGGGCAGGGACAAAAAGAUGCAGAAUGCAGGCAAGGUAUUGGGUCUUCUUCCUUGGUAAAACACAUCAGAAUACAUUUGGAGGAGUUCCUAUGAAAAGAUACAGGCAGAAAGUGUUAUUCCAGUUAAAUAGGAUGUGGGUAGCAUCACUGCGGGCUGGAUUGCUACCUUUAUAAUGCUUCAGUAGUAAGAUUCCAUAUACCACAUCCAAGAAGAGAACACUGUUCAGCUAAAUGAAUUACUGUAUUGCACUUAAUUGUCCACAUUUCCUGGAAAUGCAUGUAAUUCUAUUAACUAAAAGUGCAGAAAUGAUUUGUGCAGAAAAAGAGAAACCUCUCUUUUGGAAUGCGUUUUUGAAAUACUAUAAGCACCAUUACUAACUCUUCUUCAAUAUGCAUUUUUUUUAAAACAGAAAAUUUUCAGAGCUGGAGAUACUAACCAAGAUGGCCGGCUGGACUUUGAAGAAUUUACACGCUAUCUUAAAGACCAUGAGAAGAAAAUGAAAUUAGCUUUUAAAAGUCUGGACAAAAACAAUGAUGGUAGGAUCCAAUUUUCCACAAUAUCUGUUGUUUUAAGAUAUACAAAGGAGUCUAUUUCUUUCAAGUCAGUCAGAAAUUCUCAGUGCAACAUAGAAAUAAAAUGUAAGCAUUAAUUACGUAAUUAUGUUAAGAGAUCAGCAUUAAAAAUGUAAACAUGACAUAAACAAGAAAGUGUCAUAAUACAAUAUAUAAUUAACAUUUUCAAUAGAUUUAUAUUAAAGAAUGACAGCUGUCAAUGAGCUGGUUUGGAAAGUCAUAUGUAAUAAACCAAUAUAUGAAUCAGCUUUUUCCAAGUAACUGCAGUUUGCUGUCUGCUCUGAACCAACUUCCCCACAUAGGAACAUAGGAAACUGCUUUAUACAGAAUCAGACAUUGGUCCAUCUACCUGGACCUUGUACCUAGUAUUUUUGAUGCUCUUUUUCUGGCGUACAUCUUUAUAUUGUUUGUUUGUAUACUGACCAACUCCCCAUUUCCAAAUCCCUGGUGCUCUUCUCUUGACUAUCUGUAAUAACAUGCAAAUAUUUAAAAGUCUGUAAGGUCCGAGUCAAGUGACCUGGAGCUGCAGAGCCUUUCAGCUCAUUUGUCUUUUUUCUCCCUCUCUCUUAUAAAGGAGUAAUUGAUGCCUCAGAAAUUGUUCAGUCCCUCAAGAUCUUGGGUAUAGAUAUUUCAGAAAAACAAGCAACGAAGAUUCUACAAAGGUCAGCACCUGCUAUUAUUUUAAAUUGAGUAGCAUUGAGGCCACCUCCCCGCUGCUGAAGUCUCAUCCCACUGGGAUAUGUAACUAUUUCCCAGCCUCUCUCUUUGCUUGGUGACAAGUGAGUCUUGCUGAUAUAAUCUUUUACAUUAUUUUCUAGAAGCAUAACUUAGGUUGACAAGCUAAACCAUGGCUUCUCUGUGGCCAUCUUUGCACACUAUACUAUGGUUUAUCCUGACAUGCUCAAGCUGGAACAAGCCCGAGUAAACCUCAUCUUUUUGUACACAAAUAUACAAAGUGUAAACUCACUUAAUACCACUAGAAGCUUAAGUUAUCAUUGUAUGUGAACCAGGAGCUCUGGUUCAUAACAAACUCCAGUUGAUUUAACAAACCAAAGCUUCACUAUGCAUGGCUAGAAGUUGGUUUGUUUUGAAUAUUGCAUGGAAUUCUAAUUAUAUCACUUUGAAUUUUUAGCAUAGAUGCUGACGGGACAAUGUCAGUGGACUGGAAUGAAUGGCGGGACCAUUUCCUAUUUAAUCCUGCUACAGACAUUCAAGGAAUCAUUCGAUACUGGAAACAUUCUACAGUGAGUAUGCAUUACAUUUCUUAUGGUAGUCAUAGUGCAGACAAAUUUGAGCAGGAUUUACUAAUGAGUUGCGUUUGCAGAAGUGCAUGUUGGGGGCAUGCUUUGGUCCCACCAGUCUUAGGCUGCUACUGUAACCCUCAAGCUGCAGUGGCUCUGCUACCAUUAAGAUUAUGGCUCUAUGUAUGCUUAUUGUAGGUAGGGGGGGUGGGGUCCCAUUGAAGUCAGUGAAAAUGGUUACCUGGUAAAUAUGUUUAUUUUAGAACAUCCUUCUAAAGAGGUCUCCUAUUUUGGAGGAGGAUCAAAAUAUAGAGAGUUUGGGGCUGGUGGCAGCAACCCUCUUUUUGAAGAGCAUAGAUAGAAUUAUUCUUAGAACAUGCCAAACCUUGUAUAGAAGCGGUUGCUUGGGUUUGGAAUACUGAGGAGAAAAGGUUUAGCUAGUAAUCCAAAGUGUCUUGAAAAUAGGUUUGUUUAUAAUAAACUCUUGCAAAUGUAAAUGCACAUUUCCAUUCUGAAUUCUCAGUUUGUAAUUCACUGUUAAAAAGUGUGGCUGUCAAGCUGAAUUCUGUUUGAUUUCAUCCCAUUUCUGAUAGAGUUAGAAUCAGAGUUUAAGAGCAGCUGCAUUUUGAAUUGACAGGGUGUCUAAAAGAUGAGUAAAAUCUGAGAGAAUAUUGAUAUUUAAAAUUAAAAUACCAGUAUUAUUGAUAGACUAUGACUGUAGCUUAAAUACGUCUUAAAAGCAUACGUACAUUAUAAGCCCAUUACAACUUCAGUUUAUUGGAGAUGUCUUUUGAGGCCUGACGAAUUAUAUCAUGAAAUAGAUUUUUAUAUAGAUCAUGGUGCCAAAAUGUAAGCUAGUUAGUGAAUUAUGAAGAGGAAAAGUCUAUAUUUAAACUACUUAUAUAGAAAAUUGUUCUCUUUUUUUCUUCAGUAAUUUUAUCAAAGAUUCAUUCCUUUUAACCAUGAGAAUGGCCACCAUAGUAGCAAAUUUCCUGUUGGUUCAUCCCAUAGAACUGCUGCAGCAUUUCAAAGCCCACAACCAUUGCCCUGGACUUCACAACACAACUGUUUCAUAGCAGUAACAAUUCCAUGAUAAGAACAUGUGCAAACUGGCUGUGUUCAUGUGGUUGCAUAACUUUUAAUGUUGUAGCAGCAUCCUAUGGAAAAAAAACCAGUGCUACUGCAUUGUUUAAAGCAGGGAGUGAAGAAAAUCUGGAGGCCCUCCAGGCUAAGGUUUAGUUUGAAUAUAGACUACUUUAUACCACAGAUGGUCAAAAAGCAGUUUGCACCACAAUAAGAAAGACAACAAUGUCGUGUUUCAAACAAAGAAAAAGUACUGGUAAUCAAGUUCUGUAAAUAGGCAUAGGACAACUUGCUUAACCUGUCUGCUGAAAUAGAAAGGAUUGUGUUUUAUACAUGUAAAAAUACCAAUAAACUAUAUUUGAAUCAUGCAAUCUGGUAGAAGGGGGGCGAACUAAUAAUAGAUUUGCCAAACUGAUUAUCUUGCAAAGCAAGAUGGGUGUCUUUUAUUUUUUAUUUUUUUUAAAUAACAUAAUAAUUCAAUGGAGAUAAAAAUACUUGGAUGAAUUACAAGUAACUGGGCUGAUAAUCUUUUUAGGAAGUUGUCAAAAGGUUAAUCUUGGUAAUCCUUAAAAGCUGCCGGGAAGAAAGUCGAACUGUGCUUUGUAGCCAUUAGGAUUUCAGCACUGUGUCUGGAAAGCGUCACUCGCCCCCAUGCCAUGUCUCUUUUACAGAAGUAUACGAGGCAGAAAUUUACCAUCAUUUUUAAUGAUGAUGGCGCAGUUUUUGAAAUGGUGGGUUUUUAGACUGCACAGUUUCAGAUGUAGUCAGGAAAAAAUACGUAUGCUUCCUUUCUCUUCUGCUUGGAAUUGCCCUCGUGUGAGUUCUGUAACCAUGAGGGCUCUUUGUUGAAAGGCAAGGCUGUUGGAUGUUGAUCUAACUCUUUUGCUUUGCAUCUUAACAGGUAUUGGACAUUGGAGACAGUUUGACUAUCCCAGAUGAAUUCACAGAAGAGGAGAAAAAGACUGGGCAGUGGUGGAGACAGCUUUUGUCAGGAGGGGUUGCUGGUGCAGUAUCUCGAACGGGAACAGCGCCACUGGACCGCCUUAAAGUCAUGAUGCAGGUGGGUUACUUUAAAGCCUAGCCCCCAGGUCCAUAUCUAGACAUGCUGUGCCCAAAGCGUUGAACACACCUGGUGUGAUUUUUAAUUUUGAAGAGCAGGCCGCCAUGUUGAAUCAAAAAAGAUUUGGGGAAGUGCCUGCUCUUUCCAUAGUAAUUUGCCCCGUGUGCUGCUGUUUGAGUCCAAGGCCUUCUGGGACAGGGCUGACAAGUUUUGUGCCUCUUUGGCCUAUUGGGUAUCUUCUCUUGCCCUUCCUAAGAAAUAAAAUUGAAUCAUGAGAUACCAGCUGUUUUUGAGAGAAGCUCCGUGUAUAAAGAGGUUAUUUACAGGAACCUAUUUUAGAGAGCCCACGAGUGCUAGUCAUUAUGUAAAUGGGAAAUGCAUUUGUUGCAAUGGGUUGUUAACUUAAAUAUAACAUGAAUAUAUGCAGGAAGGACUUACUAAUUGACUGGGGCUUUCAGUGCAAGCUCAAAGAUAAGCCCUGUUGACUAGAGUAGGUAAAUGUGAUAGGAUUACAGCUUUAGGUCUGUGUCUGGAAUCUUUUCUUCUUAGUUCAGCAUUAGGAUGUUGGACGCAUCUUGCUGCUGAUUCUCUACAGGUUGUUUCUGUUCUGCUAGCAAAACAGAACUUCUGUUUCCUCCCUCCCCCCCCAUACCCCGUAAAUGUGUUCUGGAGAAUCCCCCAGAACUGCAACAUUGGAUCCGGCCCUAAAUGCAGUGCCAUUACUUGACUGCUAGAUCUGUUGAGUAAAAAUCAUGUAAGCAGUGCAUGUCCUCAUCACAUGUAAUGCCAAGAAGACUUGGCAUUGUAGAAUGCAAUCUGUUCCUGGGGGAAAAAAUCACAUUUGGAGGCAAUGUAAUAUCUGCAGUGUAUUUUUAUGGGCAUGCAGUUGUAUUUAUUUUUGAACUUCCUUAGUCUCAGACCAUAUAUUAUAGUAGGGUUUUGUUCUUGGUUUUUAACUGAAAGCAGCUCAGGCUGUAUAUUAGUGGAAUGAGGGCAGGGCUGGUUAACCCUUUCCCUGCCAGCUAUUUCCUCCUCAAAAUCUCCCUCCUCACCAGCUACAUUUUGAUCUGUAGGGUGAAAGUUCUACCUUCCAACUAAGAAACUGUUUUAAAGAGGACAGCUUUGAACUGAAAAAGUACAGGAAGGGAAAGGGUUAGACAGUUUUUCCUUCUUUUCCUUCACUAUUUAAGAUACAGCUUGCCCCAGGCUGAUUCGGGAUUUUAAAAAUGCGGAGGGAUUUGUCUUUGCUUAACAUGUUGUUUAGGCCUUAACCUGUGUUUCAGGUGUAAGCCAGGAAAAGUAACAGCUAGCAUAGAAUUUGGAAUGACUCCCUCCUUAAAGGGUUUGCACACUUCAUUUCUGUUUAGAAAGAAAAGAAGUGUUAUACUGUCAAUUCAGCUUUCUAUGUGUAUCAAACAAUUAUGUUUUCUCUUUCUUUGCUAAAGGUCCAUGGCUCAAAGGGGAAAAUGAACAUAAAAGGUGGCUUGCAGCAGAUGGUUAAAGAAGGAGGCAUCCGUUCACUUUGGAGAGGAAAUGGUGUCAAUGUUGUUAAAAUUGCACCUGAAACAGCUAUUAAGUUCUGGGCGUAUGAACGGGUAAGAUGUUAAAUGACAGUGAUCGGCAUGAAAUGAAGGAAAGCCAGCUGAGCACACAAGAAGUUCCGUUUGUGCAAUGUAUGAAGUUGUUUUAUUUUUCUUUCUUUCUUACCUUUGAGAAAGAAAAAAUCUUGGGUAAUUUGAUUUCAAAGGCGCUUUAAAAUGUUCACUACCACAUGCUGGGUUUCAGCCUUGUCACCUCAGCUCUACGUCAGCAUUUGUAUGGCAAAAUGUUGAUUAGCCCAUCCUGCACUUCACGGCCAGGAUUCUUCUAAGGUCAGCUGUAGUAAGAUGGGCCUCACCAUGGAUUUCAGUGUUAUAUUUACCUCUGAAUCAGCUUUAGUAGGUUAUAUAACAUCCUAAUCCUCCUGCUGGAGAAAGUGCCUCCUGAGAUGGAACUUUAGCUCUCCUCCUCCUACUUUUACCAGUGUUCCCCUUGAAUCGCAAACUUCUGAAAGCUAAAUCAUAAAAACGUGCUUUAAAAAGUCACAUAGAUAUCCUGCCGUUCCUCCAAGUCACGCAGGAUGACGCACACACACACAGAAUAGACCCAUUUUAUCUGUGCGACAGUAUUGCAAAGUCAGUUCAGUUGAGAGUGACUUGCUUGGGGCUCAUCCUGCAUGUUUCAUGCCUAAAUGGGGAUUUCAACUUUGCGCAGUAAACCUAGGGUACAACUCACUACACUGGCUUGGAAAUUGAACUAGAAAUGCUGUGUUUCCCAACGGUAUCUUAAAAACAAACAAACUGAAAAUAUAUUUUCUGACACAUGUUGAAAAGAGGGAGAAAAUGGCUGAAGUCUUGAGCUUUGUUAUUCUGGGUCAGAUAAAAAACCAAUGUCUGUUGAUGACAAAGUUCCUUGCUCUGCGCGGCGCUGUCUGCUACAAGCUCUGAAUGAAUCUAAUGGCCAAUGUCUUAACACAAACAUUUUAAAUUAGUGAUUAAGGAUUUAAUCUACAUAUUUCAAAGGCUUUACAUCUGUAUUAUUUACUGUUUUCUAUCUUAUAGAGUUUAAUUUUAACCUGCUUUUAUUUACAUAUUCUCUAUUGCUGUAUAUGUCCAUAUCGCUUGACCGUAAUCAGUUGAUUCUGAUUCUGCCUGCGAUAUGGGGGGGGGGGGCGCGGGGCGGGGCGGUUAACUAGAAAUUAAUUAGAAAAAUGCUGAGGUUCGGAGAGAAAGAAAUAUGGAAAUAAUGAAUCUUGUCAGGCCUCUUAAUCAGGAUGUAAGCCCAGUUUCUCAGUUGAAAUGACAGACCAGUGAAUCAGGUGCUGAUUCAACCAUCAGCUUUGCUUCAGGGAUUUUAAAUAAUAAUAAAAAAGAGUGGCAUGUGCAUUUUUCAUUUAAGCAUUUGCAAUCUUAUUUAUUUGUGGUUUGGUGUGUGUGUGUGUAUAGAUAUAAAACAGAUUAAAAAUAGUUGCAAAACUGCUCUGGAGUGGUGAAGGAGGUGACUUAGUGAUAUCACAGGUGCCAGCAAGUCAAUCUCCUUGCAGAAGUUGCUACUAUAACAUACAGAGCAGGUAUCUUCAGAGCCUGGUCCUGGAAAGGGAAAGUAUUUUUCAUCUGCGCUCAUUGUGGUCCCUUCUGGAAUUGGAGCUAGGAUUGCUCAGUUGGAAGAACAUGAGAUUUGUUGCGCUGCUAUAAAAACAUUACAACUGUCUUCACCCAUUAAGAGGCAGAGAUGAAAAAUCUCCAGGAUAGGAUGCUCUAUAACUGUGGAAGAGACACUUGAGAGUGCCUCUCUUCACAUCCUCAGUUGGGUGAUGGUUGGCAUUGUCAAAGAAACUCAACAGCAGCCCAUCAUAGAGAUUUACACAAGGGAUGGAGACAUUAUUGUGGCAACAGUGAGCUGCCUAUGUGCAGGACUUUGCCAUGUAGACCAGCAACUCCUCCCACAAACUAACAUGGCCUGUGUUCUUGAUCCUGCUAAGUGGUUCUGUUAGCUGCUUGUGACUAUAUGGGGAAGAAUGUGACCUUUUCUAUCACUGUGUGUUUUAAUAUUCAGUAUAAGAAGAUGUUCGUUGAUGAAGGGGGAAAGAUCGGCACUGCAGAAAGGUUUAUAUCUGGUUCCCUGGCUGGAGCAACUGCACAGACUUCUAUUUAUCCCAUGGAGGUCAGUUUUGGAUUGACCUGCUCUGUUUGUGAACAUGCACCAUCUAUCCUUUUUCUGAGAAGCGGCUUUUUUGUAGAUAGUGUGGUCAGCACUUUGGCCAGCAUUCUGCAAACUUCUUUAAAAAUUAUUUCCAAAUCUUUGAACCGAGGUGAGUGCUGUUUUAAGCCUGUUGCUGCAGAGCGAUCCUAGAUCAUUGGCAGAAUGCACACUUCACAUGCAUGAAGGCUCAUCUUGGGUAUCAGAACUGGGAAUGGCACCUGCUUGAGACCAUGGAGGUUUUCCUAGUGAGAUUAAGAAGGAUCGAGGAGGAUGAAGCAUUAGUUCGAGUUGGUAUGCAAUGGAUCUCUGUUAUCAGAGGCCCCAGGCAACCUUAGCGGCUAGGAGCAGUGGCAGACUUGGGUACUAUGGCGCCCUGUGUGAGCCCAAAGUUUGGCACUCCCCUCACCCCAGUUUUCACACUGCCUUCCCAAAGGCAGGUAAGUAAGCACCUUGGUUUGGGAGGGAGAGACAAGGGCUCAGGCAGGGUCCCAGGGCCCUCCCACCUCCUUCCCAAAGCUGGAAAAGCACAAACUAGGACCUUGUCUGAGCCUCACGCCUCCUUCCCAAAGCCCAGUGCCUCAUUUACCAAGCUUUGAGUUUAGUGCCCAUUGUGUGCACACCACUUCCACAGCCCUAAAUCUACCCCUGCUAGGAGUGCCUUCUACCAACUUUGGUAAUACAGCUCUCUCUCUUUCUCUCUCUCUCUGCAUGUGCGCACGCGUGCGUGCUCAUGUGUGUGUGCGUGCGCGUGUGCUCUGUGCUCAUUCAUGCAUGCAUACAUACAUACAGAUUUUAGUAAUGCAGUAUUUUGAUUAGCUUCAACAGUUUUUCUCCACCUUAGGUAUUAAAGACCAGACUGGCUGUGGGUAAAACAGGGCAAUACUCUGGAAUGUUUGACUGUGCUAAGAAGAUCUUAAAAGGAGAAGGCGUGAAGGCUUUUUACAAAGGUUAUAUUCCCAAUAUUUUGGGCAUCAUUCCUUAUGCUGGCAUAGAUCUGGCUGUUUAUGAGGUGAGUGGAGUUCACUGGCAUAUCCCAUGACAAUAUAACUAAAGGAGCAUUGUACAAUACAUAGUUAUGUUAGGCCUAGACUGGGGAAAGAGACCCAGGUUCGCAUGUCUGCUUAACUCAAUGCCUGCCAAAGCUCAUUUGACUACCUUGUUCCAGGUAUUGCCUCACUGAUCUGGUUGUUGUGUAGAUGAAGUGGACUAAUCCCUGUGUGUACUACCCUGAGCUCAUUGAACAAAAGGCAGGAUAUAAAUGGAAUUAAAUUGUGAUUAAUAAAACACUCUCCAUUCCAUUCUCCAAGCUAUUUACUCUGGAGUAGCUCAACACAUUCCUAGAAGGAUGACUCCCAAGUACAGUGGUACUUCGGGUUAAGAACUUAAUUCGUUCCAGAGGUCCGUUCUUAACCUGAAACUGUUCUUAACCUGAAGCACCACUUUAGCUAAUGGGGCCUCCUGCUGCUGCCGCACCGCCGGAGCAUGAUUUCUGUUCGCAUCCUGAAGCAAAGUUCUUAACCUAAGGUACUAUUUCUGGGUUAGCAGAGUCUGUAAGCUGAAGUGUAUGUAACCCGAGGAACCACUGUAAAUACUUUGCCAGUUGGUGCCAAGCAUAACCAGAUAUUUGUGUGUUACAUAACCUUAAUAAUAAUUGAACCUUCAGCAUAAUUUUGUGUAUUUGCAGUGUUGCAUUGGUGUAGUUGUUGUUUCACUACUGCUUGGGUAUUCAUUAGCCUAGUGAAUCCUGUAAAAACGUAUUUACACCUGAAUCUGAUGUAACCUUCAUUAUAUGCAUUAAAUCUUUUUCUGAAUGACUGUUCCUGCAGGGACAUAGGUCUAUUGUUGUGUGACCAUUCUCUGUCACAACCCUCUUAAGAACUGAUUCAGAUGUGCAGAAAAAUAUGUGAUAUAGUCCUUUCUGAACUCUUAACAGAGAGGCUGCACGUCUGACUGGAUUCCUCAUCUAAAGACUCCUUGCAUAUGGCAAACCGGAAGAAUUUUUUUAGCUUAUUCCCCCCCGGGCAUGCUAGUUUUCUGUAUUCAGGAAGUUUUAAAAAUGUGUGGUAGCAUUCAAACAUGCACUCUCCCACCUAUAGUUUGAAGUACAAUCCAGGUAGGAUUGCAACAGGUGCUAUUUCUAGGUAUUUUAACUCAGUUUAAUAUGCCUGGAAACCAGACAAACAAGUAUUAUUUGCUGAGAUAACAAUUGGCCUGCACAGUGAUACAAGUUAGCCUGUAGGGUGUAAUGUAGAUUGACUGCUGAGUAGCUGUCUAAACGUUUGCUGUUUCCACUUUUCAGCAAGCAGAAAUCUCAGCACGGCAAAAUCAUAUAUUUUUAAUUUUGUAAUGAAAGAGUGAAGUCGCUGAACCAGAAUUAUUUAGCGAGUCUAACUGCAAAAAGUAAUUUCUCCUCCUUUUGGUGUCAAUACUAUAGCCAGGUUCACAUGAUCACGUUCUGGGUUAAUGAGCCAAGCUAUACAUGAAUUGUGUGCAUGCAUCUCCUUUACUGCCAAUUCACUCGUCCCUUCCUGAGUGGCAAAACAAAUCAGAUCUGCCAUCGUUAGCCAUUGUUUCCUGCUUACAUGCAAUCCUGGUAAACGAUGAUCAGUGGCUUCCAAAUAAGGAAAGUAUAUCUUGUAUAUAUUUGGGUUCUGUAUUUCAGUCCUUAGACUUUUUACAAACCCUUCUAACAUGUGCAUGUGUAUGCACACAGGCACGGUAUCUGCCAAUGUAGGGUUGGGGUUUGCGUUUAGUGGGGUCUGAGGAAGAGACUAUUUGGUGCGUGGGAUAUUAAGGUAAGUGGGGGAAGUUGAAGGAUGUGUGGAAUAGUGGGGUGGUGUUUGGGAAGUUUUAACAGCUGGGAGAGUGUAGAGAGGGAUUAACUGGGUGAGAAUGGGUGUAGGAGACUGCUUGUUCAAAUCCAUUAAUCUCAGAUGUCAGUUUAUAUAAGGAACAAUGAAAACAAACCAAUAUUAAACACGCUGGCUGUUGUUAACCCUGGGUAACUCAGUGAAACCCACACUUACAGGGUUUGAACAGUGCUGUUAGCACAGCAAGACCCUAACAAAGCUACUUUGCAAAGUGAGGUCUGCUCCACAAAAGCUUAUGCCACAGUAAAUGUGUAGGUUUUUUAGGAGUUAGCAAACAGACUAACUAGAAAUAGUUCUCCAACACUGCUGCCUUUCUGAGGUUCAUGCUACGUUACUUAGCCCCACAGCUGCUGUCAUUUAUAAAGCAGCCUCCUCUCAUUAUAACUGCAAUACAUUAAUCUUAACACAUUUAAGCAUGCCUCAUGCUGAAAUAAUUUUGUACUGCUGUUUUCUGCGUUUGCUACCUGUCAGCCAUCUAUUAUGCCAACUCUGAUUAGCUGAUGUCGUGCUUUCUUGUUCUGUAAUACCCUGCACCAGCUUCACUAACAAGUGUACUUAAGUCUAAUUUCUCUCCCAUCUACGUAACUGAUUUUUUUUAAACAGGUGAUAAUUAACAUGUUCCAUAGCUUCCCAGUGCUUAUGAAACCCCUUAUUACUUCAUUCAUUACGCUGCAGGCAUGACUAUAAAAUCUUACAACUAAUUUAGGCUGCAAUCCUUAACCCCACUUACCCAGGAGUAAGGCUUGCUGAAUUCAGUAGGACUUACCUUUGACUGGACAUGGUUAGGAUUGUGCUGUCAGGUUGGGAAGAGAUGAGAGUCUGUCCCGCCGCUCAUGGACUAAUAUGCACUUGUAAAAUAUGCUGAUAGUGAGUUUAGGAAUUGGCCUGACAUGUUUCUCAUGUGAAUACUUGGCCAUUAUGGGUUUUUUUAAGGUAAAGUUCAAUUAACUGCAUCAAUGUUCUCUUGGCAGGCUUUGAAGAAGAACUGGCUAGAAAAAUAUGCAACAGACUCUGCCAACCCUGGUGUACUUGUACUGCUGGCAUGUGGUACCGCGUCCAGUACAUGUGGCCAGUUAGCCAGUUAUCCUCUUGCCCUCAUCCGCACUCGAAUGCAGGCUCAAGGUGAGUGUUGGUGUCUGUGGCAUAGGAGCUUGUUCACCUGUGUUGAGCAAGCUAGGUAAAGGGACCCCUGACCAUUAGGUCCAGUCGUGGCCAACUCUGGGGUUGCGGCGCUCAUCUUGCUUUAUUGGCCGAGGGAGCCGGCUUACAGUUUCCGGGUCAUGUGGCCAGCAUGACUAAGCCGCUUCUGGCGAACCAGAGCAGCGCACGGAAACGCCGUUUACCUUCCCGCCGGAGCGGUACCUAUGUAUCUACUUGCACUUUGACGUGCUUUCAAACUGCUAGGUUGGCAGGAGCAGGGACCGAGCAACAGGAGCUCACCCCGUCACGGGGAUUUGAACCGCCGACCUUCUGAUCGGCAAGUCUUAGGCUCUGUGGUUUAACCCACAGCGCCACCCGCUUCCCUGUUGAGCAAGCUACCAAGGCUUUAAUACUUUAGGUGCUAUUGCCUACUAAGAGUUUGGCCACAUUUUCCUUUUUUUCUUGGUAGGUUCUUCUCUAGACUACCUGCUAUCAGCAAUUACUUUACUUCCCAGAAUUAAGCCACCCUUUUGAAAUACACCAGACCAGCUUCUGCCAACAUGGGGCCCUCCAUACGUUUUGGACUACAAUUCUCAUAAACCCCAAUCAGCACAGCUGUGCUGGCUGCAGCUGAUGGGAGCUGUAAAUCGAAACAUCUGGAGGACACUGCAUUGGCAAAAGCUGCUUGAGACAAAUGCCUGCUUCACACAAGCAGCAUGUGAGGCAGCGAACCUCUUUCUGGAAUGUUGACGCUACCGAAGGAUUGAGUGCAUGAAAAACACAUUCUAUUCUUUGUUAACUUUAGAAUACUUUUAAAAUGAUACUUUUAAGUAAUACAUGUCUCUUUCUUUCUCCUUUUUUUCCAUAGCCAUGGUAGAAAGUGGCCCUCAGUUAUCCAUGGUCGGUCUCUUCCAAAGGAUUAUUGCUAAGGAGGGAGUCCUGGGACUGUACAGAGGCAUAGCCCCUAACUUCAUGAAGGUGCUCCCUGCUGUCAGCAUCAGUUACGUGGUAUAUGAAAAGAUGAAGGAGAACUUGGGGAUAGCAUGAGAGGAAAGGAGGGAAGAAAAAUAGAGGUUUAUUACAGAAUAUGCACACCUGAUGAAACCACAUUGGAUGCUAAAUUUAUUCAUGUUUACCGUUGGAUUCAAGUCUUCCCUGCACAGAUCUUGUAGGGAUCUCUUCAAGGAAGCAGAAGAAGACCCACUUUUCCGAAACAGCUGUAAGCCAGGUAUCUUUUUUAAAAACACCAAAUCCGACAACCUCAGGUUCCCAAAUCUUAACAAUCAAGAAAUAUUCAAUUGCUAGCUGAGCUGAGUGAUGGAAGAUCUUAAAGAAUGAAUCUCUAGUCAAUGUAAUUUUCUGAUUUUUCUAAAAUAUAUUUUACUGAGCUAAAUAUAUAUUUUUAUGCAGCUGAUCCUGCAUUAUUAGGAUUUGUAUUUGGUUGGUCAGUGGAUUGUCCCAUCUUUUACAUACCAGAAAUAUAACUCUCCUUUGUGUUUAUAUUCUGCAAUAGGGAAAUUGGGUUAUUAAAAUAUAGUUAAUUUUUUAUUUUUUGGGUGAACUUUAAAAAGGCAUAGGCAACAAUGCAGAGACAAACAGAAUGCCACGGUGCUGUUCCUGAAUACAUUAGAUUCCCUUGUUAACUUAAAAUAUUAAGGAACAACUUAGUCUUGACUAAGUCCCAUUUUAAAAACAUUGGGAGCUAUUAGUCACGGCUAGGAAAAGUCUCGUUUUUCUUUCAGUGGGAACUUAGUCGUGACUGACUUUGGCAGGAGAAGUUCUCGGCAGAUGAUAUGCAUUGGUCAAAUACUUCAGUUAGAAAUGAAUGCAAAUUUUAAGUGUCUCAUGGCAUUUUGAGUGCUCUGGGCUACUGUCCAUGUAACUUGUAAAUGUUUGUACCAAAAGCCCAGAGCAUUGUUUGAUGCCCUUGUUUGAUUGCUGCAGAAAACUUGCCAUUAGGGAAAGCCAUAUCACCUUUUAAGAACAGUGUGCAGUUUCAGAAUUAUUUUUUUUUAAAUGUUUUAAACUGAUUCUUCAUUAUCUCUUCCUUGUCUUGGAAUGUUUCAACCAUUAAGUCUUUGGCCCUAUGCAGGUAUUACUAGUAAGAAAGUGCAGUGUUUUCCUGCUGGUAACACCGGCUGAUUAUGUGAAGGUUGAAAAACGCAAUUCAAAAGAAGAGCAGGAGUGGGAUUACUUGUUGCAGCCUUACAGGCAACCACAAAUUUUCCAUUAGUAUUUCUGGAGGUCAGACCUGGCCUCCUUGAUGGAACGCUGUUCCUUUUUUUAAUAGUGGAGACAACUGAUAAUGGAAAACUCCCUGUCUUUUCUCAGCACCCAAAUCAAAUAACUGAGUAGACUGGCUGAGAAAAACCAGUUCACCAUGGCAAUAAAGAACUUUGCCAUCCAGUUACCAACACUGCAAUCCUAAGUCUAUUUACUUAGAAAUAAGUCACUCUUAAGUUUGGUAGGACUUGCUAUCUAGUAAUGGUAUUUAGGAUCACAGCUUAAAUCAGUAGAACGACUGUAAGGAAAUGCAUGGCAAGCACUGAGCUCAUCAGUCAGGCUGGGCAUGCAAGAACAGAUUGCUGAGAAGACUCUUCCUGCAUGCCUUCCUUGCAAGAUCUUUUAAAGCACAAACACCUUAUUGAAUGGAUCCUCAGUUUAAGAGUAUAUUUCAGUUAUCCGUGAAAUUAAUGUUUACUGCUGCUGCAUGUUGAACACAUUAAAAUCACGUCAAUUGCAGAUGCUCCCCACUGUCAUAGAAGCAUAUCUGCUUCUUCAAGGUCUACUUAUUCUCUUUCUCUUUUAUAAAACUUGAGCAUGAUAGGAUGGCAUGGAAAAUUGCACUAAAGUGAAUAAUCUGGUUUUUUUUGUCUUUGAAGCUUCCAACACCAGUUCUAAGAGGUAGAUGUGGUGUGGGAGGCAAUGCUUCUCUUGAACAACCCAUCCUCUGAGCAUAUACAAAGGAGCUAAUCCAAGGUCAAUUGGAGGAGUCAGUAGGGGCCAAUUCCUUUACGACAUUGCAUGACUAGAGAGGUCAGUGAUUACUGCUGUUGUACAUCCAGGAAGGUGGCAACUAUUUCCAUGAUCUUUCAUAGCUGUACUUCUUCUCUGCAACCAUUAUCACAGAGAUGGUUGCAGUUCCCCACUAUAUAACCCAGUUCAUGCUAGCUUUUCUUGAUUGUGUUCAGUUGGAGCAAUUUGAUAGUGUGAACUGUCCCUAGAAAUAGCCUAAAUCAUAUCACUACCAUUGUCCUCACUUCCUUGAUUUGUAUUCCUUUUACCAACUUCUCAAUGUUAGUAGGAUGGCUUUGUAAGCUUGUACUAGGCACACUUCCUUUUGCAUUAGCAUUAUGUUGAUUUAUGGAACCAUAAAGAUAGAGGAAGUGGUUUUCUUUUCCUUCAUAAUGCUAUCUUUUCUCUGUUUUAGUCAGAUAAUCUCAGCCUCUAGCCCCUCAAAGAUUUCACAAAUGGGCUGGGGGAUCCAACCAUAUUUUUCACUGGUUUGAGAAGCUGAUGUGAACUCCAAAUAAUAUAGCCCACCAUGGAGAACCCAUAUUUGCACUUUUUGAGUAGCAAUCCAUUUUUUAAUUGUUUGCUAUGCAGAAUGCCGUCUUUAAUGAACUUUUUGAUGUAACUAUGGGCACAAUCUAAAAAUCAUGUUGUUGUAAUAGAGCUUUGGUAGGUGGUUUCCAGUAGAUUGUGCCCAUCCUUUACGAAUGGCAGGGUGGUUUUUUAGGUUGCAAAUCUGUCCCAUGAUAGAAGCCUUCACUCUUUUUGCACUUGAUCAAAACCAAAGAAUUAAUUCAGCAGAAGCACUCUGUAAUCUUGUAUUGCACGCUGUUAUGCAUUUGCUUGUUGUAAAUGUGAUUUUCUAAAUCACCUAUUGUUGUUUUUUAAAAACCCCAACUGUAAGCUAUACUAUGUAUGCCUAUCUUGUUUGUAAUUUUAAGAUGACAUGACCAGUAUGUGAACCAGUCUCAGUCAUUUUUUUCAUAUAAGUGCACUUACGAGAAUGUCGGUGAUGGUGUUUUAUUUUGUUGGAAGAAUGCAUGAUAUGGUGCAGAUCUGAUUCCUUUACUUUGUGCCUAAAAAGAACAAGGUUCUAAUUGUGUUUUCUUGGGUGACUUACUUGGUGAAUGCUUUUUAUAACCUUUAAAUUGAUCUGUUUAUAAUAAACAAUGUUUUGUAAUGC